GGUCGACCAGCGUGAAAGAUCGAUUUCCCACCGUUGGUGGGUUCUUCGGUGCGUUCGACGCAUAGAACAACGUGUGCGUAUAUCAUCCACGAUUGAGUGUUUAUCACCUUGUGAUUCUUUCGAUCUUUUCACUCCCUCUGGUUCUUUUGUACGUACGGGAAAAAAUGACUCGCCAACGCUCUGAUAACGGGAGUUAAAAAAGAUAGAAGUCGAUCUUACUGCCUGUCGCGCCGAACGCGUCAGUCGUCGUCGUCGCAUCGAGGCAUCCUCGGCGAUCUUGGGAAAUCCGGGAUCAUUCGCGGGAGUGAGGAUGCUGCACGCGGUCUUCGCCGUCCUGCUGCCACGGCUUCUCCUAUUGUCAUCGCUGCUGCUGAUCCAUUCAGGCAUCGUCGUCGCUCUACGCAUGACGUCUCUGCAGAUACCGGAGCACGUCGUGCUGAAUGAAACGGUGCGCAUGCAGUGCAACUUCAACUUGGACCAACAGUUAUUGUAUUCGGUGAAGUGGUACAAGGACGGCCACGAAUUUUAUCGCUACACGCCCAGAGACGCGCCCGCGGUGCUAACGUUCCCGGUGCCCGGUGUGAACGUAAACCCGCGCGAUUCCACCGAGAGCUCGGUCGUCUUGGACAACGUGAAUCUGACAAGCUCGGGGAGAUAUCGAUGCGAAGUGUCGGCCGAGGCGCCCUCUUUUCAGACUGUCUCUGAUCACGCGGACAUGAAGGUAGUCGUUCUACCUAACGAAGGACCGCAGAUAACCGGUGGCCGUUCCAAGUAUCAGGUGGGCGAUGUCGUUCGCAUGAACUGCACGUCGGCACCUUCUAAACCAGCUGCGCUGUUGUCUUGGCUCAUCAACGACGAGCCGGCCAACAACGAGUACCUGAGAAAACAUCCGGUCACCACCGAGAACGGUCUGGAGACCGCGAGGCUCGGUCUGGAGUUCCGCGUCGCGAACAUGCACUUCAGGCAGGGCGACAUGAAGUUAAAGUGCUUGGCGAAAAUAGCCACGGUCUAUCUGAAGAACGACGAGAGCGUGGUGGGCGAAGAGAGCAUUCAGAAACCGCCUAUGGAGAGCCGCGAGACCCGAGCGCAGAGCCGCACUCGCGAGGACCUCAACAACGGAACUGCGAGUGUCGCGGUCCAUCGGACGAUUCUCGUCGUCAUUCUUGUCACAUUGAUCGUCGUCGUGCGAAUCAAGAUGGAGCCUAUGAUUCUAGGAUCACCAAUGAGUAGCCCUAUUCAAAGUCCUGGCAGUCCAGGAGCCUCUUCAACAUAUUUGCCUAGUUUUCUCUUGGGUGACACUACAACUCCUCCAAAGAUCAAUGUUAUGAACAUUCAAGAAAAUCCACGCCAUUUGAAUAUUACAAAUUCCAGCGUAAUGUCAUCAGUUUCCUUCACAACUCCAGAUUAUCGAUCUAAUCGUCAGAAGGCUGUAUUUGGGAACACUACAACUCCUAGUACGCCCCAAAUGAGUCCAAAGAAUCAUACUGGUGGACCUCCGACACGUGGAUUGUUUGAUACUCUAGAAAGUUCACCCUUAUCGUCUCCAUAUGCUUCCACUGCGAAACCAACUACAUCAACUGCUGCUGCUGCUGCUGCUGCUGUAUCUCCAGGCCAAUCUAAGCACAUGAUGAGCACAGUAAGCAGUCCGCUGAUGUUUCCUAACAGUUCACUAACUAUGAGCACCAGCGAAUCCCAGAGUCUGCAGCAAUGGGUAACGGUUUUUGGUUUCCUUCCGUCCGAUAUCAAGGCUGUCUUCGCUUUCAUGUCCACGCGAGUUCGCAUAGUGGACAAACACCUGGGUCCCCAGCCUCAGAGUAAUUGGAUACAUUUGAAAUGUGCGUCAGAGCAAGAAGCGCAGAGAGCUCUUGCGUGUAACGGCAGCAUCAUUUCUGGCUGGACUAUGAUCGGUGUUGUACCGUGCACGGACGAGAGUGUCAUCUUGGGUUCGGACAAAGAGAAUCGUACAAAGCUGAACGGAAGUAUGAGACAGUUUCCUUCGCUUCUCAAAACUCCCGUCAGUCCGUGUCAAUCGCCGUUCAACUUGUCACCCACGUCGAAACGACGAAAAUUACGAUCUUUGGCGGGAGGUCAACCUUUUAGCCCGCAAACGACGCAAUCGCCGGAAAACGCUCCGCAAAAAUCAACUGGUUUAGUUUCGAAAGCAAUGGAGUAUGUAUUUGGUUGGUAAGAUUUCGCUCGUGAAUACGUAACGGUACGUCGGUAAAAGCAUACAAAUUUUAUGCAAUAAGAAAAAAAAAAUCAACAACACAGGAAUUAUUGCUAAGAACUUUGAUAAUUGUGAAAACUGUCCUACAUGAUUGAGGAAAGUGUUUCUUUUUAUAAGUACAUUUUUUUUUGUUACAACGCAAUUAUAUACUAUUGCAUGUUAUAUUUAUAAGUUUAUCUGUACAUUUAUAUAGAUUAAU